UAUACACACAGGUGGUUUGGACAUGAUUUGAUUGAGGGAAACCAGGAAAACAAGAAAGUACAUAGACAAAAACGCAAACGUAUGUACAGUACAUGUACAUCAUGUAGAUAUUACAACUGUCUCACCUAUAAUGCUGAGUAUCUCCCUGACGCAUCGUCCGUAACAGCCGCAGCAAUCAACCGACUCAUUUCCGCCGCCUGUACAACCUCAAUAGUCAGCUCAGCUUAUACUAAUUAUUGGUUGGAGACCUACGUUUGGAGCCAUCACCAUACUGAAGUGACUGCCCGGCGCUUUCGCCACAAAGAUCUUGCUCCCCGGUAG